GUUGUUCAGAGAUGGGGCAUCCAAGGGGGGCGUCAGAGGAAGGACUGGCAACUGGCAAAACUAGCUGCUCUUUAAGAGGAGGCUGGACAACGCUUUGUCUGAAAUGGUGUAGGGUUUCCUGCCUGAGCAGGGGGCUGGACUAGAUGACCUCCAAGGUCCCUUCCAACUCUGUGAUUCUCUUAUUCUGUCCCAUUUAUGCAGCUUGUCUCCUCCCGUCUGCCCCACAAAAGAGGGCUUCUUUUGCAAAAUUGCUCCCACAUACAAAAUCUGGACAGUUGUGAUGUGUGGUUGUUUUCUUUUGAUUUCUAGACCUCGCUCCUGACCCUGUACAAAACAUGGCUUAUCAAUGCAAGGAGCCUUGCCUUCCUCCACCCACCGAUGUAGUCCAGUGUGUGCAAGAUACCAAGGACCCUUGCAUGGCUUACCAAUGCAAGGAGCCUUGCCUUCCUCCACCCACCAAGGAUCCUUGCACGCUCACCAACACGGCCCAGUGUGUCCCCAGCUGCGAUUGCACCUGCUCGGAAGCCUGCAACGCCCCAGAUAGCCUCUCGUACCAAGCCAAGCAGCCGUGUGCAGCGCCUUCCUUUGGGGCUCCGCUGUGCCUCAUGGUCACCUCCAUCCCCUGUGCGCUGCCUUGCACAUCCUUGCACACCGAAUUCUGUGCAGAAUCUCCUUCCAUCCCCUGUGGGUCCAUGACACCGCAGCCUUGCUCUGAGGACCCCCAGCCUUGCUCCUUGGCAACUCCAGGGUUUUGCACCCCUCCAUCUCCACCCACAUGCGGGUCCGGCUGUUCAGACAACUGCUCGGACCCCCAAGGCGACGGGAGAAUGUCCUAUGUGCCUCCAGGUUCCACCGUGUGCUUGGAACCAUGUGGAUCUGUUUCGGUGAAGCCCAGUGUUGCUUCUCCAGAACUGGAGAACAGUAGCAUUUUUCUGGCAUCUUACAAGCCUCACUACAUGUGAAAGCAGGUGGGCGUUUUGCCAGAUGUGGGAUGAGUAAGCCUCA